AUGAAGAUCAACAUCCUGACUCCCUUCAUCCUCGCCUACUUCGCCACGACCGGCCUUGCUGAUGACGAGAAAAAAUACGACGACGACAAGAAUUGGUCAAAUGAAGUGACAGUCCAACUUGCAAAUGACCAGUCUGGCGCCAACGCAAAUGUCAAAGUCCCAGCCGACGGCGAGAAGCGCUCCAUUGGCUCCCUCUGGGGCUGGACCGCCGUUGCAAAAGACGGCGUGGUAUUUGCGACAAGCGCCCAACUCGUCAAAUUUGAGCAAGACACCGCCUGUGAAAUUUUCGAUGACUACUAUCUUGACGCUAAGCUCAAUGCCAGACAGACUUGGGUCUCUCUGAAAGGCGGCGCAGUGGUCAAGUUGAAAGAUGCUUUCAUCGCCUGUUAUGAUCACGAUGAUCACUGGUAUUAG